UCUUCCUGCGCUUCGCUGCAUCAUUACCCCCAGCCCCGAGUCGACGGCUCUUGUUGAUGACGCUGAGGUCUCGGUGUAUUGACGGAUGGAUGGCGGCUCGCCGCGGAUAGACAUGUCGGGUGAUGGGGUGGAAGCGCCCCCGGGGGACCCCGUGUCCCUCCCCUGGGACCGCUUCUCUGGCUGGCUGCACUGUAUCUGUGUGGUGGGCUUUGACCUGGAGCUGGGCCAGACUGUGGAGGCGUUGUAUCCCCCACAUGCUAGGCUCACAGAUAAAGAGAAAACAAGUAUCUGCUAUUUAUCAUUCCCAGACUCUAAUUCAGGAUGUCUCGGAGACACUCAGUUUUGCUUCAGAUUCCGGCAGGCGAGCGGCAGGAAGACGUCUCUGCACUGCGUCCUCGACCAAGCGGACCGGGACUCACCCGUUUAUUUAAAGAAAGACCCGGCCUGUUUCUAUGGUUACGUGUAUUUCCGACAAGUUAGAGACAAGACCCUCAAAAGGGGCUACUUCCAAAAGUCUUUAGUUUUGAUCAGCAAGCUUCCGUACGUCACGUUUUUCCACGCGGUUCUGAAACAGAUUGCCCCGGAGUACUUUGAGAGGAGCGACCCCUGCUUGGAGGCAGCUUGCAGCGACAUUGACCGAUGGCCGGAGCCGCUACCUGGAAAAACACUAAACCUGCCCAUAAUGGGAGUUGUGAUAAAGGUCCGGAUCCCGACGCGUCUCGAUAAACCCGGAACAACGCAGAUGCUGGAGCUCACGCAGCCGUCGGACGCACACAUCUCGGUGACCUUGCCCACUGUCCAUGAAGUCGAUAUUUUUAGAUGCUUCUGUCCGGUGUUUAUCCACAUCCAGUUACUGUGGGAACUCGUGUUAUUAGGAGAGCCCCUCGUGGUCAUGGCCCCCUCGCCCUCGCAGUCAUCUGAGACGGUUCUGGCUCUUGUGGGGUGCAUCGCUCCCCUGAAAUACUGCAGCGACUACAGACCCUACUUCACCAUCCACGACACGGAAUUCAAGGAGUACACCACGCGGACGCAGGCACCGCCCUCUGUCAUCUUUGGGGUCACAAACCCAUUUUUUGCUAAAACUCUGCAGCACUGGCCACACAUCAUCCGCAUCGGAGACGUCAAACUCGCAGGAGAUGUUCCCAAGCAAGUGAAGGUCAAGAAGUUAAAGAACCUUAAAACCCUGGACUCGAAGCCUGGGGUUUACAGCUCAUACAAAACGUACCUGAACCGGGACGAGGAGAUCAUCAAGCAGCUGCAGAAGGGCGUUCAGCAGAAGCGGCCUUCGGAGGCGCAGAACGCUAUUUUGCGGCGUCAUUUUCUUGAACUGACCCAAAGCUUCAUCAUCCCCCUGGAACGCUACGUGGCCAGUCUGAUGCCGCUUCUGAAAAGCAUCUCCGCGUGGAAGAGUCCUCCUCAGCUGAAACCUUUCUGCCAAGAGGAGUUCAUGAAGACCCUGGAGAAAGCCGGACCUCAGCUCACCUCCCAUCUAAAAGGGGACUGGAUCGGCCUUUACAGGCAUUUCCUCCGUUCCCCAAACUUUGACGGCUGGUUCAGAAUACGCCGGAAAGAGAUGACCCGAAAACUAGAGGCGCUUCACCUCGAAGCACUUUGUAAAGAGGAUUUACCCAUUUGGGUGGAGAAACACACAGAAGUUGAAGCCGUGGACCUGGUUUUAAAACUUAAAAAUAAAUUGGUGCAGGCAGAGAGGGAACAUCUCCCGGUGAAAGCGGAGACUUUGGAGAAGUUGCAGGAACACGUGGACACGAUAAUAGAGAAAUUUCCCGAGGAUCUGCAGGGAAUCUUACUGAAAACCAACACCCCCUGAUCAGCGGCGACGGGGAGGAUCUCCCCCCAACGCAAGCACGAGGAGCUGCCGAGGAAAGGUCACCAGCGCCAUACAUAGCA